ACCGGACAGAGGCACAUCGGGCUGGACACCGGACAGAGGCACAUCGGGCUGGACACCGGAUCACCAGGCGGAGCAGUGGGCACUGGGCCACCAGGCGGAGCAGCAGGCACCGCGCCACCAGGCAGGGCAGCAGGCACCGGGCCACCAGGCGGAGGCAGCAGGCACCGGGCCACCAGGCGGAGCAGCAGGCACCGGGUCACCAGGCGGAGCGGCAGGCAUCGGGCCACCAGGCAUCAGGUCAUCUGGCUGACAGCGGGCACCGAGUCAUCUGGCAAGGCACCAGGCAUGACAGCUGGCUCUGAGUCAACUGGCACGACAGUGGGCACCGGGUCAUCUGGCUCGACAGCGAGCAUUGGAUCGUCUGGCUCGACAGUGGGCAUCGGGUCACCAGGCAUGACAGCGGGCACUGGGUCAUCAGGCAUUGGAUCGUCUGGCUCGACAGCGGGCAUCGGGUCAUCUGGCUCGACAGCUGGCAUUGGGUCAUCAGGCACG